UCCUCGCCCCCUCUCUCGCCCGUGUGGCGACGGCGCCGGGCUGCGGCUUUCCUCUAUGUCGGGGCGGGGGCGCGGCCGCUUCCUCCCCCCGGCGCUGGGCUGAGAAAAAUCAGCAUGGAUAAAAAUGAGCUGGUGCAAAAGGCCAAACUGGCUGAGCAGGCUGAGAGAUAUGAUGACAUGGCAGGCUGCAUGAAGUCUGUGACUGAGCAAGGAGCUGAGUUGUCCAAUGAGGAGAGGAAUCUUCUCUCUGUUGCUUACAAAAAUGUCGUAGGAGCCCGUAGGUCAUCUUGGAGAGUCGUCUCAAGUAUUGAACAAAAGACGGAAGGUGCUGAGAAAAAACAGCAGAUGGCCCGAGAAUACAGAGAGAAAAUUGAAACAGAGCUAAGAGACAUCUGCAAUGAUGUGUUGUCUCUGUUGGAAAAGUUCUUGAUUCCUAACGCUUCCCAAGCAGAAAGUAAAGUUUUCUAUUUGAAAAUGAAAGGAGACUACUACCGUUACUUGGCUGAGGUUGCUGCUGGGGAUGACAAGAAAGGGAUAGUGGAGCAGUCACAACAGGCGUAUCAAGAAGCUUUUGAAAUCAGUAAAAAGGAGAUGCAACCAACACAUCCAAUCAGAUUAGGCCUGGCUCUGAACUUCUCUGUGUUUUACUAUGAGAUUCUGAAUUCUCCGGAGAAAGCCUGUUCCCUUGCAAAGACUGCUUUUGAUGAAGCCAUCGCUGAACUUGAUACAUUAAGCGAAGAGUCCUACAAAGACAGCACGCUAAUAAUGCAAUUACUGAGAGACAACUUGACAUUGUGGACAUCGGAUACCCAAGGAGAUGAAGCUGAAGCAGGAGAAGGAGGGGAGAAUUAACCAGCCUUCCAACUUUCGUCUGCCUCAUUCUAAAAUUUACACAGUAGACCAUUUGUCAUUCAUGCUGUCCCACAAAUAGUUUUUGUUUACGAUUUAUGACAGGUUUAUGUUACUUCUAUUUGGAUUUCUAUAUUUCCCAUGUGGUUUUAUGUUUAAUAUUAGGGGAAUAGAGCCAGUUAACAUUUGGGGAAUUUAUCUGUUUUCAUCUGAGGUGGCCAAUAUAGGGUUGUGAAAUUUUUAUACAAGUUUUACAUGUUUGGCAUAGUACUUUUGGUACACUGUGGCUUCCCACAAGGUGGCCAGGGUUAAACAACUUCCUAUGUUGAGCAAAGAAAACUGUUUGAGUAUUGGUCUGUCAUGAUGGGAAAAAAGGGAUAAUCAGUUGCAGCCACAGGUGUAGUUAGUGUGAGUAUUUGAAAGCUGAAGCAUACCAUGGCUGUGGGGGAACAGAUGUCCCAUGGAUAUUGCAUGUCAAGCAUGUGAAAUCCUAUGGAAUAUAUAAUCAAGUGUACAUCUUUGAUUGCAGCUGAAAAGCGUUCCUUAAGACAGUUUUGAUCACCCAGUCAACUUCCUCUAGAGAAGGGCAGAAACGGUUCACAUUCCAUUAUUUGUAAAGUUACCUGCUGUUGCUUUCAUUAUUUUUGCUACACAUUUUAUUUGUAUUUAAAUGGUUUAGGCAACCUAAGAACAAAUGUACAAGUAAAGAUGCAGUAAAAAUGAAAUGCUUGAUAUCCAUAACUACACUGUAUAUUGAGCACAGCAGUAAAACAAAAACCCAUGUAUUUAACUUUUUUAGGUUUUUUGCUUUUGUGAUUUUUUUGAUACUUGCCUAACAUGCAUGUGCUGUAAAAAUAGUUAACAGGGAAAUAACUUGAGAUGAUGGCUAGCUUUGUUUAAUGUCUUAUGAAAUUUUCAUGAACAAUCCAAGCAUAACUGUUAAGAACAUGUGUAUUAAGUUGAUGUAAGUGGAAUAAAAGUUUUAUGAAUGGA